UCAAGAGCAUCAGAAGCACAGGCAUAUUUUCAACCGAAAGGGGCAAGGUUGGGUAACUAUUCUCAAAAUUCUUUGAGGUUCUUGCCCUUCAACUGCCUAAAAAAACCCCAAAAAAAUGGAGAUGAAGAAGAUCGCUUGUGCAGUCCUUGUGGCCGCUGCCUCCGUGAGCGCAGUCUUGGCUGAGAGCCAGGCACCCGCACCUGCACCAGAAGCAGCCAACAGUGCCUAUGCUGCAUUGCCCGCCGUUGGAACCGUUGUCGGUGCCUCCCUCGUGUCCUUCUUUGCCUACUACAUGCACUAAAUUAAUUGUAAACAAUUAGUUUCAGGGGCGAAGGAGAUAUUGAGAAAUGGAGGAGUGGGUAGGAAUGUAAUAAAGGUGUGUUAGGGCAUGAUGUCUGGAUAUCGAUACAAACAAUCAACUAAUGAUAUACCCUAAUCUAAUUAGAACAUUAUGGUACGAUUUGACAUUGCUUUGAAUAGUGAAACAAGGAGAUGAAGCAACAGUUCUUCCAAGGACUAUUUGUCGUAUAAGAAUUUGGGGGAUUGAAAUGUGCAGCAUUUUU